UGGAGCAUUUCACAUAGCAGGACUACGGGCGCGCGCGCGCUCGUUACAUAUCUGUUUUUAACUUAAAAACCGAAAGAAGUCCGCAGCAGCAGCAGUACUAUCCUGAGAUUUAUCGCAACGCCAACUUUUCCCAAUCGUAGCGCUUUAUUUUUUCAAACAGUUCAUGUGGUGACAUAGGCGAAGAUCGUCAGUCCUCGCGCUGGUGCUGAACUGCAGCGUGCGCUGUCUUCACUGUUGAGCGCUCGUCAGGGGAGCGGACCUGCAUCCUAAAGCAAACCUCUCUGAGACAUUGCAGUCCUGUCACGUCUCCGGCUCUCCUAUUUGCCUUAACCACGAGAGAGAGAGAGAGAGGAGAGGAGAAGAAGAAGUAGCUGAACGGUGGUGACAUGGCAAGAAGCAGCAUCAUUUAAAGCGUCUUAUGCUCUUUUCAUUGCACUGCAGCAACCUGAUGCAGUGAAGGAGCUCUUGAGGCUAUGUACGUGCCUGCUUUUGGUGAAAGCAUGUUGUGGGUUACGCUGCUAAGCACAAUUGCACUCGGAUGGACGACUCCUAUCCCUCUACUUGACGAUUCAGAAGAAAUAGACGAGCCUUGCUUUGAGCCCUGCUACUGUGAGGUGAAGGAAGGCCUGUUUCACAUUCAUUGUGACGGGAAAGGAUUUACAAAUAUUAGCCAGGUCUCACAGACGUGGCUUAGACCGUUCAAGCUCUACCUGCAGAAAAACUCCUUACGGAAGCUCUACUUCAACAGUUUUCUGCACUUGAACAAUGCAGUGGCCAUUAAUCUGGGCAAUAAUGCCUUGCAGGACAUCCAUGUUGGAGCUUUCAAUGGUUUGGCCUCCCUGAAAAGAUUGUACCUUCACGAAAACAAGCUGGAAGUGUUUCGGAACGACACGUUUCUCGGACUGGAAAGUUUGGAAUACCUUCAGGCCGACUAUAACGUUAUCAAGAGGAUAGACAGCGGGGCGUUUCGAAAUCUUCACAAACUCAGAGUGCUCAUCCUUAAUGACAAUUUAAUACCCGUGCUACCGACUUUUCUUUUUCGAUCUGUCUCUCUGACACACCUUGAUUUGAGAGGAAAUCGACUAAAGACUUUGGCUUAUAAAGGGAUUUUGGAAUAUAUUGGUCGCAGUCUCAUGGAGAUCCAGUUGGAGGAGAACCCUUGGAACUGUGUCUGUGACAUCAUCCAGCUCCAGGCCUGGUUGGAGCGGAUACCGUAUACUGCGGUCGUCGGAGAGAUCACAUGCGAGUACCCUUUCCACCUCCACGGAAAGGAUCUUAGAGAGAUCAAACGCAAUGAGCUGUGUCCCACACUGAGCGAGGCAGAGAUUGAGUCGAUUCUAGGCAUCCCGCACUUACCUUCCUACACAGGAAGGGUAAGGCCUACAAAGCCGUCAUCUAUAGUCUCCCCAAAUCAAAACACAGUCUCUUCUGUAGAACAAAGAGAAAGGACUCCAAAGCCUACAAAAAGGCCCAGGUCCUCAAAGACACCUCCAACACCCCGCAGUGUGUUCCCUAAUCAGCCACCCAUAGCCGGAUAUCAGACACGACCUCCUAUACCAAUAAUUUGCCCCAUUGGGUGCACCUGUAACUUGCACAUUAACGAUCUUGGUCUGACAGUCAACUGUAAAGAAAAUGGAUUUCGAAACAUUUCUGAGUUAAUGCCCCGACCCUUAAAUGCUAAGAAGCUUUACUUAAGUGGAAAUCUCAUUCAGAGAAUUUAUAAGUCAGAUUUUUGGAAUUUUUCCAGUCUUGAUUUAUUACACUUGGGUAACAAUCAAAUAUUCCAUGUCCAAGAAGGAGCUUUUGUCAAUCUCCCUAAUUUGAGAAGCCUUUACCUGAAUGGUAAUAACAUUGAAAGGUUAACUAUUGAUAUGUUCCACGGCUUGCAGAAUCUUCGCUAUUUGUAUUUUGAAUACAACGAAAUAAGAGAAAUCCAGCCGGCUGCCUUCAGUUUAAUGUCUUCGCUGCAGCUAGUCUUUCUUAACAACAACCUCCUGCGCACACUACCCGUGGGAGCGUUCGCAGGUACAUCACUAACACGCCUGAACCUGCGCAACAACUAUUUUCAUUGCCUCCCGGUCAGCGGCGUUCUCGAACACCUGCAUGCUGUGGUCCAGAUCGACCUGAAUCAGAACCCCUGGGAUUGUUCCUGUGACAUCAUUCCUCUGAAAGAGUGGCUGGACACACUGAGUUCAGUGGUCAUAGUAGGAGAGGUAGUGUGUAAGACCCCAGAGCUGGUCUCGGGAAAGGAUUUACGUACUUUGAAUUCAGAGGUCAUUUGCCCUGAGCUUCGGCGGUCUUCGCUGUCUCCAGCCGAGUCGGACGGUGGGCUCAUCACCACGUAUCCUGGAGUUGGGGCACACCCGCCGAAAGGUGCCAUACCGCUCUCGGUUCUCAUUCUCAGCCUGCUGGUUCUGUUCGUGUCUGCCUUCUUUGCCGCUGCGGCUCUUUGUGCAUAUGCUCUUAAAAAGCGUGAAAAGCUCCCCUUUAAGAGGCAAGGGGAGGUGGGCUUGGCAGGCAUUCAGAUGGAAUGUGGAAUAUUCACAGAACAGCCACCCACCUUACCAGAGACUCCUCCCACCAAUCACGUGUACGAUAGCAUCGGCGCUGCCUCCUCGCACAUGUGCAGUAACCCGGUUUACAAAAGAGGAAAGGAGGACUCGGGGCAGAAGCAUCCUUUCACCGAGACAAAUGAGAGCGGAUCACAUUACAGAACGUUGAUGGAGAAGGAAAAGGAGUGGACUGUGGCUAUCUCCAGCUCUCCCAUUAAUACUAUUGCCAGUGUCGGAGUACCGUGUGGUGACAUUGCUGGCUUUCAUGAAAAUGGAAUACUCUGUCCAACUGUCAUUGACAGCCAGGGUCCCACUCCCAAGGUGGGACUGGUGGACAGUCUUUUUGGCACAACUGCCCCCUUUAACAACCUGCCUGACAGGCACACGCAGCCACCCUCAGAGUUCCCACACGUGAAACAGGAUGUCAGACAAAAGCAAACGAUCACAAGCACCACAGGGACAAGGACAGGAUGUCCUAAUCAAACCCAAAGUGAUUACCCCGAGCUGAGGGCUAGACUCAAAACAAAGGUGGAUUACAUUGAUAUGCUGGAGAGAUCAUAUCAGUUCUAAGACAUAAGUCAGAUAUAAGACUGCACAUCCUAAAUGAAAAUGGUAAGAUGGAUGGAAAGAGAAUGAAUGCGAUGUAAGAUGUACGGUUUUCCCUCAAGUUGCUCUGGAGGAAAUCCCUAAUUCAGAUUUUUUGAAGUGCCUUCAUAAGAGCAGCCAGCAAUGUUGUAAAUGAGUAUUUUUGUAUUACAGUUUUAUUUAUCUAAAACACAUAGAUUUACAUUGGAUGGAAAAGAAUCAAGUGCUGUUUUGCAAAAACUGCAAUGUCGAUGAUUAACAUACCGGACUAGUCACGUGUAUGAAUGCUGAGCGUGCGGUCUUGGCUUUCACCUUGUUUGCUUUGAAAAGAUUUUUAUUUACCUGAAAAUUGUCCUUCAGCAAUAGAGAUACUGCAGUUAUUGUAUAACUGUUGAGUGCUUUGUUGAAUCUGUAUUUUCGAAUUGAGUAGAUUGUCUUUAAUGGGACUUAUCGAAGGGUUUUAUGGACCAAGAUACGGUCACGACAUGUAAACUUUUGGGAAAUAUUGAUCACGUCCAAGUAAGUACCUUUUCACGGUCUAUUUCACAAAGGCGGGGACAGAUAUGUGCAUAUAUUUAUUCUUAGAUUUCAGUGUUGCAAUUAUUAUUGUAAGACAUCAUGUUAAAUCAAUGUAUAAUGAUUAUGCCUCUGGUUUAGACUUCCUUGAAAAAACCCAUGAGCUUAAUAAAGGGUGCUAAGCAAA